AAAAAUCACCGCCCCAUAGUGGAACAAGCGACACAAGAGUUGUAGACGAAAUUCGAUUCCUGAGCACAAAAUUUGUUUGAAAAAUCUUAACCCGUUCUACUAGAUUCAAGGAUCAAUUUGAUUUGUUCAACCCCACUUCUCCAUCUAAAAAAUGGCGGUCCCCGUCGCGGCGGCGGCCUCUACAGGAGCCCCGAGCUGCAACAACAUCUCCCAGUUGCUACAGCAGCUGGGCAGCGACAGGAUCAUCGAGCGCGACCGGGCGGUGUUGCAGCUUAGCAGACAAGCAGCGGAUAGAAAUGGGGAAAUGGUGUUUGCAGCCUUGAUUGACCACCUGGGGCAGAAGUUGACGAAACUAGGAAGUAGAAAUAAGACGAGCACACAGACACCUGAAAGUAGUUCAUCUGCUACAACUACAACUUCUGCAGAAGUAGUUCCUCUUGUUCCCUGGGGUGAAAAAGUGGGAUUGUUGAACUGCGUCACCGAAGUGGUCAAGAAGUUGGACGACCAGACGAGGGCAAAGGCUGCAUCAAACCAGGUAUCCAAUUCUAACGCAACAAAUGUAGCAACUGGAAAUACUGGUUCUACUGCCCAGUCUAUGCUGAACCAAACCUUGCUAGAAAAGCAGCACUUCCUCCAACACUUAGCGUCUUGUCACUUCUUGAAAGACUCCGAACUCCGGGUGCGGCGCGCGCUCGUUCCCGUGCUGGAAGCUGUUUACGAAAGGGCAGAGUUCGAGUCCGCGAAACUCGGCCACGAAACCUUUUUCCAAGCGGUUUUGUCGGAUGUGUUAUUCGGGUUUGAACGGAAGAAAUUCGUCGGCUUGCCGAAAACUACUAGUAGUUCGAAGGAAAAAAUGAUAAAUUCCAGUGCUGGUGGACCACCACCAUUGAGCAACAGCACCCCAAAUUAUUCGCUCACCGCUCCGUCCACCCGCGCCGCCCUUGCUCCCGCGCACUUGAAGAACAGCAAUUUCGGGUUGCUGAAUUCGGCGAUGAAUAAUAAUACGCUCUUAUCCGACCCCAUGGAUCUAGACGACGAGGACUUUUUCAUUGCGGAAGAGGUAGAACCGGUCAAGAAAGACCCGUUGAUAUUGCAAGGAAAAAUCCCCCCUCCCCAUAUCAAAUCGAAAUUUCUGAUGCUGGAUUUGUGUACACAAGUCAGCUUUUAAUUGCAGGAGAGCACUGCGGCCAGAUCCCCAGGCUAGGUAGGGGUGUAUGGGUCUAGUUGUUCAGCAUGGCAAACGGCUCCCCUUCAAGCCCAAUAGCAUGACAAGCCGCUUCCAUAAUGGGGCGGAAGCUUCUGCCCUUGUCGUCGUGCAGUACGCAUGUGAUUUGUGGCCUCAAAUCAGCAACGCAAAUGCUCGGAAGCAUAGCUUUUCAAUAUGGGGAGGGGGGAGUUUUCAUUUUGAUAGCUGAAAGUCGACAUCCAACCGCCCCAAGCCCCGCACGAGUCCGAGGGCUGGGGCACGCUGGAAUCUUCCAUGGCGUGUCUCGCGGCGAUCCUCCGGGGUCUGGCGAAGAACAAGGAGAAGGAGAAGUUUAUGAAAUGCAAAUAUGUCUGGGCAUGGAAGAUUGCCAGGUUUGUCAUGCUUGGUCGACAAUACAGAAAAGUCUGUCGUGGUUGUUGCGCUACAGUGCCACUUGUUUGUAAUGCAAAAAGGCAAUUUGUCAUGCGGUUAACGCUAUAAAUGGCCGCUCAGAAACUUGUCAUGCGCGGCUCCGCAUUACAGUUUGCGUAUGAUUCGGACAUUAGCAUGACAACUUUCCAGACCGAGACAUAUUUGCAACGCAUAAAGUUUUUACGGAUCGACUCCCUCUCCCUUCACACCGAAUCGGUUUCGCAGGUGAAGUAUCAAAUGCAAACAUGUCUGGGUCUCAGGGUUUGCGAGAUUUGUUAUGCUAGUCGGGCAUGACUCUGAACUCUGUGUUGCGUGGCCGCGAAGAGCUCCUCCUCCCUGUCAUGCAAAAAACGCAGUCUCUCAUGCGGAAUUUUACGCAACUCAGAACCAUGAAAAAAACUUGUCAUGCUUGGCAGCGCAUUACAGUGAGCUCACUAUUCCCUUCCUUGCAUCACAAGUUUCCAGACAUCCAGGGAUAUUUGCAAUGCAUAUGAAGCCCCAGGACAAACACACGUGUCCGAUGGUGAUCAAAUUGUUGGCGGCGGAUUUUUUCGCAUCUUCCGGAGUAGGUGAAAACGGUGGUGGCGAUGUGGACUUCGAUUUCGUGAAACCCUUCGCGGUCGAGGAGAUGGAGAAGAUACGAGCGCUAGCGGUUGAAGAAGAGAGGGAAAUAAAGGCGGAGCAAAGACAAACACAAACUGAAACUCCGUUGCUAAACAGCAUGACAAAUAAAGACAGUGAAUCCUCGUCUUCCACAACCGCGGCGGAAGAGGAAAUCACCGUCGUAUGAAAUGCAAAAGUGUCUGGGUCUGGAAGAGUCAUGCUGUUUCUGCAUGACACAGAAGGUCUGGCAUGGAAGCUCUAGCAUCACAGGUUUCGAGAAGUUUCCAGAAUGCCGAACCCGCAUGACAAAUGUUUGGAUCGGAAAAAUACCCGUUCCAGUAUUCAGCCAGAAUGUCGUGAUCCAAAUCUGAACUAACUAUACGAUCGGUAAUCAAGUGAGAGCUUAAAUCUAAUGAUCGGAUAUAGAGCCUGACUACUCAAAUUAUGUGAGAGAUAGAAACUAAAUCAUAGGAAAUCUUAGAUCUACCACCUAUAAUCCAAUGACGAAACAUCUCAACACAUGAAGAAACCGAAUGAACAAUCAAUGCACUAUCAGGGCCCUUGAGUCAAGUAACAUUUGUCAUGCAAGAAUAAACCACCAACGCACAACGUGCAACCAUCUACUUCUUAUUUCGCUACUGUGUUCACGGCCACUGCAGCAUACUGGGACAUUUCGUCAGCAGAGUUAUGAGCCCAACUUUCUGCAUCGUGUAACACUAGUAUUUUACUUUUCAACUUUUACACCGCCUAGAUUCCAGCUUUAGCUACUUUGGUCGACCAAGCAUAGCUACUGUGGUUUUAAGCCGUGUUUACUUACUAAUCCGCAUUACAAAUUUACUACUUUCUACUGCAUACUAAAAAGCACUUUUGCACUAGCGCCGUGAUUCAAAUUUAUACCGAUAGAACUACUUACUUUUGUUUAAUUUGUGUUGUUUUUGAUCUUGUUAAAAAGCUUUCAUUCUCUGCCUCUGUAUACAAAAUAAUCGAUCUUCAAGUUCCCUACAGUAAUCUAGUACAAAAACACUAAAGCACAAUGGUACUCUCCGACUACAGCGAUGCGGACACGGGACGCCCCGUGCACGUCACCCCGCGCAAACUUUUUGUUGGUUCGACGCCUGGACCCGGUGGAAAAACAACAACACCGGGGACCGCUUUUACCAACGAAGAAUGGGCCCAGUGGGGUGAGGAGAAUGGAGUCCGUGUAAUCGAGGACGAGAGAUGGUCCCUGGAACCGUUCGAAAAAGGUCACUUGACCAAGUGGAUCGGGCGUGCCCUCCGUCUUCAUUCCGCCGAAUUUGUUCGCGAGAAAUUUCUGGGCAGAAUUGCGGACGAAGAGACCGCGAACGAUGUCAGCGAGAUGAUUACCGAGAUCAACAAGCUGGAAGGAGCUACCGACUGGACCCCCAUGCGCUGGCUCAAAGAGUUCGCGGAGAAGUGGAGCGCCCAGGAGGAAAAAGGCACAACGAAGGAAGUGGGGCUUGAAUCGUUGUCGCAAGGCUCUUGGAGUGCGAUUAAAUAUUAUAAAAAGUUCAAGAGUUUAGCGAAGCAAAGUGGAAAUCCCCUGGAUAGCAAAUACAUUCUGCGCCUAUUUAGGGGGAAUGCUGCGCAAACACUGAAGGCCGAGUUGGUUAGAGGGCGAGCGAAAAAGUUUGCUGAUCUUUCGGACAUCGUCGACGCCGCUUACCAGUUGGAGCAGGCGAAAACCAGGAAGGCCCAGAGGAAGAACAAAAAGCGGAAAGCCAAGAGCCAGAAGAAGAAAAACGGAGACGAUUCGAAAUCCGACCUGUCUACCUCGUCGGAAUCGGAUUCCGAAGAAGCCAACACCGCCGAACACGACCGGAAGCAGCGCGAUGGGAAUUUUUGGGCCGAGGUCAAGAAGCGCGGACUUGGUGUUUAUCGCAAAAACAAAAAUCAUUCCUAUUCCGCUGAUCAUUAUCAAUCCCAUUCCUACUACAACCAGCCCUAUUCCGGUUGGAACAAUUCCGGUCCCAGCAACUGGAAUAAUUACGGUUCCAGCAGCUACCACCCGUACCAGCAGAAGGGUGGCGACAAGGGGAAAGGAAAAGGAAAGCCCAAAGGCGGAGGCGAAAAAGGGAAAGGGAAGCCCCGUUUUCCGCCACACGCACCGCGUCAAGACCCAUCCGCAAGCUACGGAAUCUGGGAGACCAGUGGUCCUUGCGGAGACUCCUACUAUGCCCAACCAGACUGGGAGGAGUACCAAGAAGAAAAGGAAGAAACUUUUCUUGUCGAUGAUGGGGAUGGUGAUGAUGAAGCUUACUUAAAUGAUGAAGAUGAAUUUGUAGAAAUUCUACUUGAUAGCGGUUCUUCUAAGCAUUUGGCCGGGAAUAAAAAUUUUCUCAUCAAUGCAAAGCCUGCUAUUACUAGUUUUAAGACGGCAGGAACUGAAGCACACGCUACGAGUGUGGGGGAGAUGAAGCUUAAAAAUCUCACCAUUUCUGAUGUAUUUUAUAUCCCCACUCUAAAACGUAAUAUCUGGUCUGUGGGUCGUUUGCUCGACAAAGGAGCGAAAUUGGACCUAACCACCAUGAAAUUACAUCUAGGAUCGAUCAAACUUCCGAUGCAGUUCAAGAAUAACAUGCUUGUUUGCAAAGUCAAGAAAUCUUGACUAUCACGCUCCGAAGAAUCUCACCGGUGCGAUGAAAAUUAUUUAAUUGAAACCAUCAACACCGGUGGGGUGACGGUUGAAGCGGAAACAAACGCGGUAGAAAUGGAUGAAUUUGGAUUCCAAAUCUACUGCUGUCGUCGCAUCAACAUCCCAGAUGUAGCUAGACCCGUAGUAGGAGCAACCGAAGUUAAUCUUGACGAGUACAAUUUAAGUCAUAUCUCAAGCCUUUUUAAUUUGUUAGUCGAACUGAAAUCGCACAAAGUAGCACUAGUUUAUGCUAGAUUUAGUAUUAGUACGAUCAUCAAGCUGCGGAUGGUUAGUAGCUUUCUUAGUGCUAACAUCACGAAACUUUCUAACGAAGGCAACGCAACUGAGAUCAACAACCAGCAGGAAUUUUACGAAGUUCAACCGGAUGAAGAUGAUCAAGCUUCUUGCCCCGAAGCUAAAAGACGAAAAAUUCGAUUGACACGAGAAGGACGCGAGACAAAGACAAAAGGCACGAAAAAGAUUCAAGAUUUUGAAAUUGCUAGAAUUUCAGCGGCUUUAAGUUUUCCAAGCUUUCAAGCCAUCUGGACUGUUGUCAAGGCUAGGGACAGCAGCCCGAGGGCGCGAAAGUUGGUUAUACAAUAUUGCCGCACGAAUUUAGGUCGAUUGAGAACUUUCGCAUUUCCACACCACAAGUCAGCCGGUGUGGAUUCUGCAAAGUUGGCCGACUGGUGCGCCGCGGAUACAUUUUUCAUAGGUCCAGGGUCUGAGUGGGCAGUCCUGCACAUGAUGAACUUGCAUUCGCGGGCAAGUUUUAUCAAAGUUUUGGCCAAGGGCAAAAAGCCCAAGAAAAACGACACCAAGGAAUUUUUGGAAGAAGCUCGCGGUCGAGGUAUUCUUGCCAAAAAUUUCAUGUCGGAUCAGGGUAAGGAAUUCGACAACAGUGCCGUGCGGGAUUUCCUGCAGCUGCAUGAUGUCGAUAUGUACCUGACUCCGAAAUCUUCAUGGGUUCCAGGUUCAGUAGAGCGCAGGCAUCGCACUUUUCGGAGUGUCCUUGAUCGGUUGUGUUAUGUUUUUGGCGAGAAAUCAAGCUUGAUUGCGAAGCUGGCAAUGCAAGCUUGUCACGCCAUCAACAUGACUCCAACUAGGCAACUCAAUGGAUUAAGUCCGCACCAGGUUCAGUGGGUGCAGAAUCCAUUUGAGAUUGAGCCUUUAGAUCCUGAGACAGCUCCAGGAUGCCAAUCGAUUCUGGUGCGGGAGGAUGAAACUUGCGAAGAUUACAAAAUUCGCAGUGCCGCCCGUAUAGAGAUCGAAAAGCUCAAAACUGACAAAAUGUUUAUUGCGCAAAUGACCAAGCUCGAGGAACAGGCCCGGAAUGUAUUUCCAGAAGCUGAACAGCUCGAAGUUGGUGAUAAAUGCGAAUUUUUUAACAAGGACAACAAAACUUGGAAUGGCCCCGCGGUGCUGAUUUUUAAACAGCAGAAUGCGAAUUCUGAAACGUUUACUAUCGAUUACCAGGGCCAGUUUAAAAGAAUCCAUGCUAGUCACAUCCGCCGCCAUAUAACUUUGAAUGAAAUGGCUUUUCCUCCGGAGCUUCUCCGUGUGAUUCACAAAACUCACAAAGUGCCACAACCAAAAGAAAAAGAAGGGAUGGAAUCACCGCCGGGCGUGGAGCUCCAACCGAUUCGCGUAAAGAUUGGGUCGAGACCUGGGGAAGCUAAACGAAUCGACAUUGAUGAGAUUGAUAACUGGGAAAAGGUUCCAUUGCUGGAAGAAGAUUCUCCACCGGCCGAAUUCUUGGAAUCAGGGGACGCCUUGGAUCCAGGAACUCAGGUGGUCGAAGCUGAUUCUAAUGCAGUUCCCGAACCAGUUUCAAAUCCCAAUGCUAUUCGACUUUCACAUGAUUAUGUUCGAUCACUUUACACAUCCCUGCGCGCAAAAGAAGAAAGAAAAUUGCAAAAAAUCAAAUCUAUGAAAUCACCAGAGGCGGGAAAAAGACUACACUGGACAGUGAAAAAGAAACAGGUAGAAGAAAUUGCGGGCCUUAUUCGCAAUCAGCCCGAGGCUAGGGAUUGGCGUGAGACCAAGAUUGCGAAUGUUGCUGCUAAAAUUUUUGAUGAACUGAAGAAAGACCCGCAGUUUUCUGCUGAAGAUCAGGAGCAAUUUAUUGGCAUGGUUGCCAUGAAUUUUGAUCCUACUUCAGAGGAGUCAGAGCGUCUUUGUUUCAAAGCAGCAGCAACAGCAGCGGAAGACUCCGGCUAUGAUUUGAAAGAUCCUAAGUGGGUGGCUGCGAUCACAAAAGAGAUCAAAGCACACUUAGAAGUCUUUCGCCCUGCUACUGCUGAAGAUAUCAAAAAUUAUUCGCCUCGUAGACCUAUUCCAUGCAAGAUGCUGCUGAGCAUCAAACGCGAUGGAAGGCACAAGGCAAGAAUUGUUUGUCUUGGUUUCCUGGCUCCGUGGUCCCCACUGGCUACGUAUGCAGGAGUUCCUGACUCUGUAACAGUUAAGACCUUGCUGUCGUUGAUGGUUUCAACGCCAGGCAUGGACUUGCUGAGCAGUGACGCAACUUCAGCAUUUCUACAGGCGGACUAUCCCGAUAAAAGCUGUCUGAUCCAAUUUGAUGCUAAUUUGCGAUCAUUCCUUGGAUAUUCAGUCGGGAAAGUUGUGAAAUGUAUGAACGGUCUAAAAUUGAGUUCGAUUGGUUGGUCAGUGCAUCGAGAUGAACGCCUCCGGAAAUAUGGUUGGGAACAAAACAAGCGCGAGCCAUGCGUCUGGACUAAAUCAGGAUGUAUUCUGGCUGUGUUUGUUGACAGCUUUUAUUUCUUUGGCCCGACAAAAAUCAUCCGAAUUUUGCACGAUGAAGUCCAGCCUGUUUUAAAAUUGGUCGAAGAGCCUAGCACUGAUACGCCAACGACCCGAACUUGGGACGUAUUGGGUAUUCAGGUAAUUUUGGAAAAAUCAACCCGCAAGCUUUGGCUUAAUCAAGAUGCCUACGUGGAUCGACUUCUAAAGCGGUUUGGCGGGGAUAGUGGUCGUAAAAUCACAUGUCCUAUGGAACGUGAAACCACUUCAGAACUCGCUCCAGGGGUUCAAGAAAUUUCUGAUGAGCUUUAUCGUGAAGAGAUGGAACUUGUUGGAAGUCUGCAGUACCUGACGACAACAAGAGCCGAUCUUAUCACGAGUCUCAAAUAUUGCGCCAAGGCUCCGACAUCUGAAAAAUGUAUUACGAGCCUGAAGCGAGUAGUGAGAUACUUACGCACUCGACGAGCGCUUUGCUUUUACCCGUAUGAAAGCAAGAGCAUCGUAAUUGCUGCUCACAGUGAUGCCGAUUGGGCAAGUUUCCAAAACCGAUUCAGCAAUACCGGCAUGGUAGUUUUGCUGAGUGGUAAUCCAGUAAUCACCAAGAGUAUUACUCAGGCUUCAAUUGCGACUUCUGUUUCUGAGGCUGAGUUGUAUGCUAUGGGUGAAACUGCUAAAGCAGCACUACGGAUUUACAUGUUUUGUCAAUCGAUCUGGGAGACAUUAAGUCAAUUCACUUUCGAGAGAAUUGAACUUCCGCUACCGAUUUCGGGUGACAAUUCUGCCGCGUGUAAAAUCACGGUAGGAGCUGCUGGCAUCCCUGCCAAGCUAAAACAUAUGGAGAUCCGUGAUCUCUAUGUGAAAGAUUUAACCGAAAAAGGGACUGUAGAGCCAAUUCAAGUUUCAAGCAAUGCAAACCGGGCGAAUAUUCUUACCAAAGUUUGCUCUGGUGAAGAAUUUCAUCGCGGUUUGAAACAGCUUCAAAUUGAAAUUGCGCCGUAAAAAUUGCCUCGCGUGCCUCAAAAUGUCAAUCGAGAUUUCAAGUCUAUAGUAUGUGAAGGAGUUGCUAUCUUCCGAUGCGAGUACCAGCAUCAAGGCCGGUUGAUCAGUUUACUUUACUAAUGAUUCGAGUUUAUGUAUGAUUUACAGUGCGUGUAUGAUUUUAGCAGUAAAGCAGUAGAAUUAGAGUACAAGUAGUAAAAACGUAGUUUGUAAAAUUAAGAAAUCACCUUAAUCCAGUAACAGGCGGGAAGUAUUUUGGAAAGUAGGAAAACCAAUUUUGGCAUGACAGUUACAGUAAAUCUUGCAUAUUUAUGACAAAUUUUACAAAUGGAAUUUUCUGGAACUUUACGAAAAUUUUACGCAUUUAUUUACUAAAAUUUACAACAAAAAACUUUACAAGUUUUAUACACUUACCGAGCAGAUGUUGGAUACGACAUAGGCGGGAUGUUUGGAUCGGAAAAAUACCCGUUCCAGUAUUCAGCCAGAAUGUCGUGAUCCAAAUCUGAACUAACUAUACGAUCGGUAAUCAAGUGAGAGCUUAAAUCUAAUGAUCGGAUACAGAGCCUGACUACUCAAAUUAUGUGAGAGAUAGAAACUAAAUCAUAGGAAAUCUUAGAUCUACCACCUAUAAUCCAAUGACGAAACAUCUCAACACAUGAAGAAACCGAAUGAACAAUCAAUGCACUAUCAGGGCCCUUGAGUCAAGUAACAUUUGUCAUGCAAGAAUAAACCACCAACGCACAACGUGCAACCACCUACCAACCACCAUCUACUUCUUAUUUCGCUAUUGUGUUCACGGCCACUGCAGCAUACUGGGACAUUUCGCCAACAACAAAGGUCGCCCCACUUGGGUGACAGAAAGUGGCCAGCCUUUGCUACCUAUGCAUGAGAGAUCUUUCUGUGUUCUGCAAUGCGCAUCACAAGUUUGUAUUCUUCCAGACAUCGAGGGAUAUUUGCAAUCCAUAGGUCGGGGGGUAUAACGAUUUACAGUACCGACAGGGCUCCAAGCCGACGAAAACCACGACGGAAUUUGUCUUGCAAAUGGUGAGAACAGGUGGUGGAGCAACAUCUUCUGGUAUCCCUUCGAUCCAAUCUUUCCUGGUGCAGUGCGAAUCGAGUCCUGCAGGGAACAACAUCAAUACGACCUCAAAGCCACCAGAACCGGUGAUCCAGCAGGUCCCUUUUUCCGUGGAAUAUUUCCUGCUUCAGUGCGUGGAGCACAGUAAUCGGUUUGUGAGGGAAUACGCGUUUUUGUGUUUUGCAGAUUUGAUCCCACUCUUAUCGGACCUGCGAACCUCCCUGGCCCAGGCGGUGACCUACGGGUUGCAGGACAACUGGUCGCAAGUGAAAUACGCCGCUUCGAAAGCCGUCCGAGCGAUGAUGGAGCACAAAUUGUUCGUUCAAUACCAAUAUGAACUGCAAAUAUGUCUGGGUCUGGGAGAUUGCGAGAUUUGUCAUGCUAGUCUGGCAUGACUCUAAACUCUGUAUUGCGUGCCCGCGAAGAGGUCCUCUUGUCUGUCUUGCGAAAACGCAGUUUCUCAUGCGGAUUGCGCAACUCUGAACCACGGAAGAACUUGUCAUGCUGGGGUGCGCAUUACAGUGUGAUCAAUAUUCCCUUCCUUGCAUCACAAGUUUCCAGACCCAGACAUUUUUGCAUUUGAUAACCAAAACGCGGUCAGACGAGAAGACGCGGAGAAUUUGCAAUUACCGCCAGCGAUGCGGAGUUCUUGCACUAGCGCUCCCGACAGUUCGACGCAGCAACAGGAUAUGAAAAACAAAAUCAAGUCCCACAUCAAGCUAUUUGCCCCGUUUAUGUUAUCCCACGAAAAAAGUGUUACAGUUACAAAUUUGUAGUAGUGAAUUCAGCAACUGCAACACAAAUUUCUCGGCAUGAGAGAGAAAACUUGUCAUGCAGAAACCCUACGGGAAUAAAACACCGACGAAACGAGGCUCCUAUGCAUAUCCGGCAUGUUGACAGAGCUUGUCUGUCUUGCUUGGCCUGCAUAGACUAUGUGUGUAAGUGUAGCACUUUUUUCCUGCGAUAUCUGUGUCUGAACCGCCACUACGUCGCGGAGGGGGUGAGGCUGUACAGCCAGGAAAACUGGAAGAUCCUGAACCCUUUUGGCGGAAUUCCGCUGAUUUUGGAGGUACUCGACGAGAUAACCGACGCCUACUGCGACUCCACGAACGCGCCCAACCACGCGGUCCGAGAAGCGGCGUGCAAAUGUAUUGUGAGGACAAGGCCCCCCUCCCCAUACUGAAAAUGUAUGCUGCUGAAAAUUUGUGAUGCUGAUUCGUGGCCACAAAUCCUGUCUCUAUUGCAGGACACAGCUGCUUCAUUUGUGUCUCACUGCAAGACAAAGCGGAUUUGUGUACGCAAAAUCAGCAACAGAAGUUUCCUUUGCAAUAUCAGCAGGGGGGGGGCGUUUCCUUUCGAUAAAAUGCAUCUUGGAGCUGGCGGACCGGGUAGCGGUGGAUGUGCGGAACAAAAAGCAUUUCUAUCCUAUGUAAAAACGUCCCCACACCUUAGUUGUCAUGCAUAUUCGCAUCUACAGAAAUGUCUGUAAUGCCCAUCCCCAUGAGAGGCAUCUGUAGUCAAUUUCUGACAUUUGUAAUGCUGUAAACACGAUAAGAAGGCGUCUUUGUGAUGCGGCUGUCCUUGCUAAACAGCACUACACUACAGACGGAACAAGCUUGUCAUGCAUAACUCCCAAAGCGAAGCGAUUUGUGUUGCAGAUUUACCAACUUGGCUAUGGGGUGGGGACGUUUUUACUAUAGGAUAAAUUUCUGGAAAAAUUCACUUCCCCCGUUCUAGUCGCCAGCCAGUCCGCGCCGGAUUUUCGCAAGGAAAAUUUCCAGUUCAUGCUGGGCGAAGGAAGAGGAACAGCAGCAGCAGUGGGGGGAGGCAUCAAAAAGCCGGAUCAUGCGACCGGUGCUGGUGGUUCUACUGGUACUUCCUCUGUAUCAACAACAUCACCAACGAAAACUUCUACCUCCCUGCAAGUAUUCCGUCGUAUCGACAUGCUCAUCCUCGCGGUCUUGUCUUCCCUCGAAGACGAAUCCUGGCCCGUUCGUGACCACGCUUGUCUCGCCGCGGCCAAACUCUAUCAAAAUGAAAAAUUCCCCCUCCCCAUAUCGAAAGGGAAGUCUGUGCUGCUGUGUUUGCGUACACAAAUCAGCUUUGUCUUGCAGCGGAGCACUGCAGGCAGAUUAUACAAAGCCCGGAAAGGGGUGGCUUCAGGUAGUCAUUUAGCAUGGCAGAGGUCUGCCCCAUUGGCGCAGCAGCACUACAAAGCGCCUGCGAGAUGCGGCGGAAGCUCUGGCUUUGCUUUUUUGCAAGACAGACGCGAUUUGUGACCACAAAGCAGCAUCACAAAUUUUGAAAAGCACGCGUUUUCGAUAUGGGGAGGGGGGAUUUUUCCUCACAAUAAACUCGCGUCCGCCUUCCCGGAGGAGAUGCGGCCGCACUUGGAUCGGCUGUAUCAAACGCAAAUAUGUCUGGGUCUGGAGGGAUGCAACCUGUGAUGCUACCUCUGGACUCUACAUACAAUCUGUAUUGCGCGAAGAGCAAAAAAGGUCCAGUUUUUGCUACGGAGAGAGGGCAUUUCCCAUGCGGUAUGGGCAUCAGGAAGCCCUUGCAGAAUCUGUGAUGCUACAGCAUGCAUCGCAGACGUCAUGGGUCAUGCAAAAUCUGCCUCGCAAUCUCCAGCAUUCUUCCAGACCCAGACAUGUUUGCAUUUGGAUCGGUUGCUGAAAUUGUUGAUCUUCGCGAUCGGGGACAACAUCAACUGCCUGCGAAAGAACGCGGGGGAAGCGCUCGCCAUCGUUCUCUGCCUGUACGAAAAGGUGGACGAGAUUUUUACGGGCGAUUUGCGAACCCUGACCACGCUAAACGACAGCAUGAACCACGGAUUUGAGCCGGAGAAGGAGCAGGACCGAUACAAAUUUCCGGGAUUGGACACGUUCCUGAAGAAUGGGGAGGACCAACCCAUGGAUUCAAAAAACUUCGCGCAGUACACCCCCUCCGGGCCGUAUGCAAGGAAAAAUCUGUGUAAGUGUAAGUCUGUCAUGCAAAGCAUGCCACACUUUUACACUUGUCAUGCUAGCCAACCAUGACGUCCUAUUUCAUAAACGUGUUUUCACGUACUAUCUGUGCAUGACAGGAUUUCUUCGUCAUGCAGAACAGAUUUGUCAUGCUGUCACCCGAAGACACGUACACUAACGCAGUUUUUUCGGUCCACAGGCCGUUCUCCGUCCCGUUGAGGAGACGGGAAUAUAAAUUGGACGAUAAGGACGGGCUGGGGAAAUUGGAGAAAGAUCCAAGGUACAACAGGAGGACAUGUAGUGUUGUUUUUUCAUCAACACUUUUUGUCAUGCUGCAUGGAGUUAUCAACUUCUUCUUGAUCUUGUUAUAGCCGAAAAUCAUGAAUAAAACCAACCCUACGACCCAGGUUCGACGACGCCACCAUGUAUUCUUGCGGGUCCGUGGCGCCGCGGAACUUCAAAAAGUUCCGGGACAAGGGCGGCUGCAUGAACUGCACGGUGCACGGAGUGUUACAGCUAUGCAAGAAAAAAACUGUGUAAGUGUAACUUUGUCUUGCAGGUGUUGCAAUACAGUUACACUUGUCAUGCCGGAUUUGCAUCAGAGGCUAUUUCAAUACGUGUUUUCGCAUACUAGCUACGCAUGACAGGUUUUCUGUCAUGCAAAGCAAAUCUGUGAUGCUGUUCCUGCAAAAAAGUUACACUCACACAGUUUUUUGCUUCCAUAACAUCCCUGGGAACAGGCGGAAGGCGCGUUUCACUGCUUAAUCGACAUCGCGAAAAUCAUAUCGAAUGCAGAAGUGUCUGGGUCUGGAAACUUGCGAUGCUGGGUGGCGUAUCAUGAGGAGGCCCCAAGUGCUGGCGCAGCAUGACAAGUCCCUGGGCUUUUAGGUGUUGCCUAUUCUGCAUGAAAAACUGCGUUUCUGCAUGACAGAAAAAUGGGGCUCUUGGGUAACGUGCGUGACAGAUUUCAGAGUCAUGCCAGACAAGCAUGACAAACAUGCACCCUUCCAGGAGACCCAGACAUAUUUGCACUUGAUAAAUCAAACUGAAAGAAGACUGGUGCACGACCGCGUCGACCGUUGACUCGAUGAAUUUUUCCAGUGAGAACCGGCUGACGAGAUCCCAGGAGGAGUUUCUGGAGGAAUUCUUCAAGCCGCGGAUGAAAAUUGUCCUGCACUUGUACGAACUCUCCCACUUUCCGCACCACUGCCAGCUGAAACAGACGAUUUGUGAGCGGCUAGUCGAGCUUGUCGAAUGGUACAAAAUCGACGAGAAGUUUCUGGUAGAAAAGGUAAAACCCGCGGCCUUCGAGCAAACGGCGCACAAUAUCCCACAGAAAAAAGCUGGCAGGUCACAUUUGUAAUGCAAAAAUAAAUACACAAAAAAAUCUGUAUUGCGUAUCCUAAACAGCAUGCUAUGAGGCCGCCCAUGAGAGAUUUUUCUGUGUGUUUGUUUUGGCAUUACAAAUAUGCCCUGCCAGCUUUUUUCUGUGGGAUACACAAAGCCUUGGCGGUUGCAGCGGCGUACUACUUGCAGAAGUGCGGCAUUUUUGCCACGCCGAAGGGCCGCGGUGGGCAGGAGAGGGAACGCGUACGGAGGAUAGAGGCCUGAUGGUAGGUACUUACGACUACGUAGUUCUGCAUUGAAGGUAAAAAUAAACUCCCGACGUUAGUAAAGAAAUAAAAUAGCAUAAAGAUGAACAAGGACGCGUCCUAAGUCGAGCAAGUUUUAGUUUUUAGCUGUAUCACGACAUCAUGGUGCAUUAAUUUGGAAAGAAACUUCGUCUCUGUCAAAUAAAGUGGUCCUCUUUUGUACCUUCAAAACUGUGCAUCGAUUUGGAAGCAGCGGAAGGGUGCGACUGGUUCGUAAGUACUUCCGUGUUCGUUAUCCAGCACAAAAAAGAUUGCAACUUCUAGAGUGGCUGUGCUGGUGUGCAUUUUCGCUGCCUACUGUCACACAGCACCGCAUGGGGUCUGGAGAAAUCUAGAAUUUGGCUUCAUGCGUAAGUAAUGUGAUGAUUCUACUACUACUUUCUCAGUGCGUUAUUGUACUUUGAGCAGCUCCACCGCGUUCUGCAUUUUUCCUGAAAUAACUGGGCACAGCCAGACCUGAUGGAUUCGGGACUGGCAGGUCGAAAAAAAAGUGGUCCACCACCAUUCUGGUAUAUCUAACAAAGUAGAAGUGGCUAAGUUGUACUUUCCUCUACUAGUCGUGCCGCUGGUUCGAUGAAGUCCGCUUCGCUGCGUGCAAAAGUGCUGCGCAGGGUAUGGCUGCGUCCUGGCCAUUAAAUGACUUUUUUACAGCGAAACUUCUUUCCCAACGAACUUGUUUGCUAGUAUUUGGAACACAACAAUCCUAUCUGUCCUCUUAUGACGUGAAAUGGUUUAUUCUCUUUCUCGGAUAGAUGAUACACUGGCGACUUCUUUCACAAAAGAAAAGCUGUGUGUCAUGCUUUUAUUCAAGAUCGAUUCGAUCGAUUUCUGUACGACCCUGGAAUAAUUCUAGGGCCCGGGGAAGGUAGUCUUACCUCCGGGAAGAAGCGACAUUGCAUUCCCCCCCCCCGUGGUGAAUAAAGAGUG